GUUUUUGAUUCAGUUUAGAAGAAGUUUCAUGUUCAAUGAGUUUGUUCAAAAUUCAGUUUAAGUAAAAAUUAUUCAAAUUUAUUAUUAUUAAUUGUGGAACUAUUUUUUGUUAAUUGUGUUCAACAUUAUUUAUUGUUACUUCCUCCAUGGCAAUUUUCGGGGAUAUUGCUACUAUUCGGACUUGUAUUGAGCCAUUCACAUGUAUAUUUCCUUCUCUUACACCGUAUGGACAGGAUAAAAUUAUUUUCAGUGAAAGUAAACAUCUUGCUGUACUCUAUGAUUUGAAUACAUGCUUACCAAUUAAGUGUUGGACUUUCAGUGAACUAGACUCGCUAGUUGCACCUCUAAUUUAUGACCAUGUAAACGAAAAAUUUGUUGCUGUUAAACAAUUGAAAGUAGCUUUAUAUAAAUGCGACUCUGAGGAUGAUCUUGUUCAAGUUAGGCUUGGUAAAUCAAUUCAUUGCUUACUCGCCAGUCCUAUCAAAGAGUCUUUAGUACUAUUUAAAAAUGGGUUUGUUCGACCGUUGGGUUCAGUAAUUGCCGAAAAGGGAAAAUUUCCCGGAGAUGGUAUCAUUCCAGAAAGCGAGGAAAUAAUAAAAACUACCAUUAAUCAAUUUAAUCCAGAAUCAUCGUGGGUUGCUCUAUUAACUAAAACUCAAAAUUGUUUCAAUAAACUUUAUAUGAUCAAAGCAGAUUUUAUUAAUGGACUGGGAAAUUUUGAUGCCAAGUACACAGUAAAACAAAAUUACAAAUGUUUAACAAUGACAAAAAGUGGGAAACCUAUUGGUUUAACCGAAAAUGGAAACAUCCAUCUUCUUGAUAUUGAUGGCGACCAACUUCUGCUAUCUCUACGUGAUUCCAUCACAAUAAGUGCACUUUGUUUACCUGAGGAAGAUACACUAGCCGUUGUUGUUCGAGAAGGGGAAACUUAUUCAUUGAAAAUAGUUAAUUUGAAAUUUAAAGUUAUCACUAGCCAAUUACCUCUAGACAUUGUACCUAUACCUGAUUUUAUAUCCCAAUCAAAUGGAAAACUCUUCAUCGCCAGCCCAAAAGCAAUGUUGUGCAUACAAUAUGAAAUCAAGCCCGCUACUUUGGCUAGCGUCAUGGGGAAAAAUUUCGUUCCAAAUAACAAAAGCUGUAAACAGCAGCCUUCUUCUGACCAUAUCUUUCUCGAUUCAUCGACAGAUAUAAAAAUAACUACACUAUUAACUGAUGGCAUCCCUUGA